AUGGUUGCUCCUUUUGCACUCAUCUUCAUGACCCAGUGGAUGUUGCUGAUCACCCAGUUGUGCGUUGGCUGGCACUGCACAGACUUGGAGAUGCCAGACUCACCUAUUAGAAAUUUGAUGCUGAAUCAGUGGAAAAUGGAACUGAGUUGGAUGAGCAGCAUGAAUUUCACUGAGGACUGGUGUUCAGUGACUGCAGGAGAUUUUACCGAGACUAUAAUGGCAGAGAAUAUGAAGUGCAUGUUUGGAAAAAUAGCACCUCCUCUGCACAAUGGGGCAAGCUUUUCUGUCACAGCAGUGAACAUGAAUGGCACAUACUCAAGCAUAUGCAGAUAUAUUCCUCAAGGCAUGAAUGGGUCAGCCAUUGAAAACUUCUCCUGUGUGAUUUAUAACGUUUCCCUCAUGAACUGCACUUGGCAGGCAGGCAGGGAUGCUCCAGGAGAUACCCAAUAUUUUCUCUACUGGCAGAACUCGAGAGAUGACGAGGAGAUGGAAUGUGAGCUUUACAUUAAAGAUGAAAAUGGCAGAAACACGGGAUGUAGAUUCCAAAAUGUGAGGAUAGAGAUCAAAAAAGCUUACUUCCUGGUGAACGGGUCUAGCAAAGACUCCGUGAUCCAGUUCUAUGAUGAGUACAUUCACCUGUAUAAAAUUGAAAAGCUCAUGCCUCCAUCAAAUAUCACUGUCAACUGUUAUGAAAUUAAAAAUGAUUGCAUAAUUCAAUGGCAACAACCCCAAAUAAGUCAUUCUAACAAAGACAAGUGUUUUAAAUAUGAAAUCGACAUAAAGUAUAAGGAUAAUCCUGAGGGAAAAACCAAAUAUACUUCUAUACAAGAAGGGGGGAGUAGUCACACAUUUCAAAGAUCCAAUACGAGAAAGAAGUACCUCUUGAAAAUGAGAGCAGCUGGCAGUGCCUGCCUCGUGAGCCCGGCCUGGGGGGAGUGGAGUGCACCUGUUGAGUUUGGAAAUGAAGAAAUUAUUUCUUCUUCAGUAUGGAUUUUACUUGUGGUAGCAGUUGCGACACUCUUAGUGGCAAUCAUCACAAUUUUGUUCUGCAAAAGGACUGGCUGUUGGAAAGCAGCAUUUCCCCAAAUCCCAGGGCCAAAACAUGUAUUUCGUGGACUGCCUGAUACAAAUACAGAGCUGAUGGAGAGCAAAAUAACAUCUGAAAAUGAAGAGAUAAUAUUAGUUGCUGACGUAAUGAAAUAACCAAGAAAAACUGAGGAAUUUGAAAGUGCAUUUCUUAGCUCAGGCAGCUGCAUAUUCCUGUGGAAAUCUGGAAUAAUAUAUAGGCUUUCUUCCUUUUCUUGGCAAAAACAGUAGUGCAGCCAAGAGAGAAUGAUACUUCACAUGUAAUUUUUUUAAAUGCUAUUGUAUUUGCUCUUAAAUUUGGCUGACUUUAACUGUUUGGGUAAAUUG